CAAACUCGACCCAACCACCUAGUUGAUGGCAGAGUUAAAUCCGAAAAACAUAAAAGUGGGAGGGAGUAGAAAGUAUGGAUCUCAGAGGCGGGUUGUUCAAUCCGUGGACUGGUCAACAGCUUUUUAAUAACGGACAAUUUCCUCCCAGCCAAUUUCAGGCACGACAAUAUACCUCCCCAUAUGCGACUCACCAGCAGCCUCCCCAGAUUCCUCUCACUAGCUCCGGAUUCCAGGGUCCCUUAGGCGUUGGAUAUGUCUCAAGCGGUCCAGUAAUUCAUGAAGGAUUCAUUCCCGCCCCAGGCCAUGAGGAUGACGAUGAAGAUGAAGCGCCGUACCCCUCUCUACCGGCCGGAUACCGAAAAUCUCUCUUCCACAGGUAUAAUCUGGGGAGCGAUGAUGAGGAUGAUAGUGAUGAGGAGCGACGGUUGGCGGAAGACGAGGAGCGACUUCUACGACAAAUUGCCGAUAAGGAGGAUCUCCAGGAAGAGGCAGAUCCUGAUUUUGACGUAGAAGAUGUGGAAGAAGUCGACGAUUUGGAAGAAGAAUUGCUGACUGAGGAAGAAUUUGAUGAAGAGCUAGAUGGGGAGGAGGAAGAGGACAAGGAGGAGACUCGGCGCCCCCGGUCCACUGGCAGAGGAAACAAAGCAAGUCGGGAAAGGGGAAGAGCUAGAGCUGCUGACCCCGGACCGCAGUUCAAGGAACUGCAGCAGAAAGCCAAUGAAGCAUUUCUUCGCCAAGACUUUCUGGACGCUAUUGACUAUGCGAACAAGGCUGUCCAGAUGAAUCCUGAAAUUUUCACAGCUCAUAAUCUUCUCUCGGAGAUAUACAUGGCAAUGGCCGAAGAACAGAAGGCUGUGGAAGCUCUCAUUGUCGGAGCUCCUACCAAGCGGGACAAGUCUCUUUGGUUUCACAUCAUCGACCGAGUCCAAGACAUGGACACUAAGAAAUACCCCCUAUUUACCCCAGAGAACAAGACGGCUAUUAUCCUUGACUGCUUGCGAUCGAUACUUAUCCUCGAUGCGAAUGACUAUGAGGCACGUAGCCAGAAGCUAAAGAUCGAGACAGAGUUGGGACACGUAUCUAGGGUAAUUACACUCUGCCGAAAAAUGCUCACGAUACGACCAUACGAUAUCGACGUGCUCAAGCAAAUGGCGAGAAUGGGCGUAUCCUCGCCAAAGCAGACCCAACUUUUUCUUAAAAGGAUGAUCCAUUCCUUUGAUACAUCUAUAGCUUACUUCAUUGCGAACGAUAAGCCAUCAGAUAGCAAUCUUGAUUGGUCUUUACUCAAUCUCUAUUUAGACCUAUUAGAUCGUGCAGGAGACCCUGCGCAUUCCCUCAAACGUCUGAAAACACUCUCACGAUGGAUUCAAGGCAGAAAGGAUGAAACCUAUUGGGACAACCAAGAUGAUGACCGCGAGUUUGAUGUCAACGAUAGGCCAAGAAGAGUUACUGUCCCUGAGUUUGGCACUAGCACUAAAGCUAGAUACGGGAAGACACUGCCAUUUGAGCUCAGGAUCAAGAUGGGUGAAUUCCGGCUACGACUACAACCUCCUGAUAUCAAUGAGGCCAUGCAACAUUUUGAGAUGCUCGAGCCCGAAGACGAUGGCUAUAAUACUAAGGUCAUGGAUUACGGUGAUCUUUUCCGCGACGCGGCUGAUGCGCUUCACGCUGCUGGCUACGACGCGGAAGCGUUACGGUUCUACGAGCCGUUGUAUAACAAAAACCCAGAUGAGAUGAUAGUGAAGACUUAUGCGGGUCUCCACUCAUGUUAUCAAAACUUGGGAAACCUAAGCAAAGCCGAAGAGAUCACCGCUAUCUUGCUAGAUUGGGAAACUGAAAACUUGGAGGACUUGACGACACUGGCGAAAUUUUUUGAAGAUAACAACAUGGAUGACGAGGCAUUGCGGCGAGCGGAAUUCGUUUACCUGAAUGGCGGAUCCCGGUUACUGCGAGAUAUCGGAUUCCUCGGCUAUGUUGACAUGCAGGAUCGUUUCGUGCGCGAAAAGAGACGAAGGCCUCGGAAGAAAUACAAACCAAGGAGGAAGACUCGCGUGGAGUCGCUCUUUAAGAAUCUGAAGAAUCUUGCUAUGGGCCUAGGGGAGCCAACAAAUAAUAAGCAAUCCUCGUUUACGCCCACCACCCAUCAGCGGCCGAGGGAAGGCCUAUUUCGCGCUAGGAAAUCAGCUACGGUUCACCGACUCCAAACCUUUCUACCACCCGAGAAACCGACCUUUAAGGGUACAGACGUACGUCUCGACUCUACUGACCAGAGAAAGUUUCAAAAAAAGUUGGACAGACUGGCAAGUGAUUUCACAGAGGACUUGAAGGCAACAAGGGCACAACAUCGAGAGAUUGUGGCCAGUUUCGAACGCCUGGAGCACUUAACCGAGGCCGCAGACGAAGGGGAUAAGGAAUCUAGCCUUGAGUGGAUGUCGAUAGCGCGAGAGCUCAUGGAGGAAUUCUUCACCUUUGACCUUUUCUAUACAGGCAAGCGGCGCGAGGCCUUCCAGGGUUACUUUAGAAAACUUCGGGACGGUGAUCUCUGGAGAGACUCUGCUUUGAUGGUCCUCGCAGUAGCGGCAAACAAAAUUGAAGAUGGUGAAGAAAGCCCGGAGAUCAAACAAUACCCAAGUGUCAUCCCGGAAGACUUCUACGGAGUGCAUUUUCAUAUGUGGCUCGACGUGAUUUGCCAGUAUGCGGUAUUGUGUGCACGACAGGGCGACUGCGACCGCUGCUUUAGUACUAUCGACAUGGCCUUCCAGGCUAAUGUCUUUUAUAGACACGAAACGUAUAGCCUGCGGCUCCAAAUGUGUCGCAUUGGCUGUGCUGUUGCACUCGAGGACUCUAAGCAAUCGUCCAUUGCUGUUCGUUGGCUCAUGAAAACAUUUACCUUUGGCAACGAUCCGUUCCGGCUCUACAGUACAGUGAACCGUCUCUGCCCAGUCCAUGACGGGUUCAACACAGACGCAACACUCAAAGCGUUCUUGAGAUAUGUAAAGGCAAUGGAUCAUGCGAUCAUGACACCGGAGCAACGAGACGGGUACAACUUUGAUAACAAGAACGACCGUAGUACCCGCUGGAUGACCGAGUACGUCCUAACUGAGGGAACAGAAAACAUUAAAGAGCAUGAUCCUGUCAUUUUAACCGCAUACGCACAUGUGCUCAUGAGCGGAGGAUCGUAUGUCGCUGCGCUGAACUACUAUUUCCGUGCCCUUGCUAUCUCGCCCGAAGACCCGGUUUUGAAUCUUUGUAUUGGACUGGCGUAUAUUCAGCACGGCAUGAAACGGCUUUCUGAGAAUAGACAGUUUCAGAUCCAACAGGGACUCGCAUUCACUCACCGGUACUACACACUUCGCACCAGAGAUGACAUUGCGUUGCAUAUCUCGGAAGCAGAGUUCAAUGUGGGAAGAGUGUGGCAUGCAUUGGGCUUGACGAGUCUUGCGCUGCCGGCUUAUGAGCGUUGCAUUGCACUUAGCGUGCGGGUAAGGAACGAAGAGAAUACCGACCUGGAGCGUAGUUUUGUCGAGAACUUCGAGACCGAGGCAGCAUUUGCCAUUCAAUCGAUCCUAGCUAUGGCAGGUGACUUUGAAGGAGCGAGGGUGGUGACGGAGGCGGUGCUCGUUAUGGAAUAAAUGUUCCUCUUGCUAACUAAAAAGCAAUCCCAGUGUUGGAAACUGUAUCUCGAACGGCAUGAUAUUUUCCGUACAGAUGGCAACAGGAAAACACGGAUGACACAGUUGUAUUCCCUACAUAGGUUAGAGGGAUUAUGACGAGGUGCGCGGACUGUAUCCAAUACAUAUUUGUGGUGCAAUGGGAGACCUUGAAGUGUUGAGACUAUAUUGAUAAGGGAGAUACCAUAUUGCACCGCUGUCUAUUCAUGAAGAGGUGGUCAAAGGCUGAUAUUUUAGAGGGGUUGAAGCGCGGAGACCUGCAC